AUGGGUGCGCUCUUGUCUCUUCCGCUGCUGGCGAUUCCCAGCGCAGGCACGUUGAUAUCUUUCGCUGCCAGCUGUUGCGGCGCUGCGACCUGUUCCAUGGUAUGCAGCGCAUGUGGCAAGUGUGGUAACAGUGUCGCAACUCGUAUCGCAUACGCCCUCAUCCUUCUCGUCAACUCCAUCCUAUCAUGGGUAAUGCUCACGCCCUGGGCUAUCGAGAAACUGCAACAUCUCACACUUGACUAUGUCAAGAUCAACUGCCCGAGCGGCGAGUGCUAUGGAUGGCUGGCUGUACAUCGCAUCAAUUUCGCCCUCGGUCUGUUCCAUCUGGUCUUCGCCGGUCUACUCUUUGGCGUCAGCAACUCCAAGAACCCACGCGCCGCACUACAAAAUGGCUUCUGGGGUCCCAAGAUCAUCGCUUGGCUAGCCUUUAUUGUACUGUCCUUCUUGAUCCCCGAUGCUUUCUUCAAAGUCUGGGGUAACUACAUCUCCUUCUUUGCUGCCAUGGGCUUUUUGGUACUUGGUCUCAUCCUUCUGGUCGACCUGGCGCAUACCUGGGCCGAAUACUGUCUGUACCAGAUCGAAGAAACCGACUCCCGCGUCUGGAGAGUCGUUCUCAUUGGCUCUACCCUGAGCAUGUACUUGGGUUCGGUGGUGAUGACCAUCGUUCAGUAUAUCUUUUUUGCUAGGGGCGACUGUGCCAUGAACCAGGCCGCCAUAACUAUCAACCUCAUCUUCUGGCUGCUCAUCUCCUUCAUCUCGGUCCAUCCGGCAGUUCAGGAGUACAAUCCCAAGGCUGGUCUUGCACAGGCUGCCAUGGUAGCAAUCUACUGCACAUACUUGACCAUGUCGGCCGUGUCCAUGGAGCCGGAUGACAAGCUGUGCAAUCCUCUCCUCCGUGCUCAAGGCACACGAACAACCUCAAUUGUCAUGGGUGCUAUUGUGACCAUGCUCACUGUUGCCUACACCACUACACGCGCAGCCACUCAGAGCCUCGGACUCGGGAACAACCGUGGAGGCGUUAGAUUGCCCGAUGACGACGAGCACGACCUGGUCACACAACAACCUGGUCGCCGCGAAAUGAGAGCCGAGGUACUCAGACGAGCCGUAGAAGAGGGUAGUCUCCCAGCCGACGCACUUCUUGAGGACGAUGAUGAUGAUGAUGACUCUUCAACCGGAAAGACAACUGGCGAUGAUGAGCGCAACAGCACUCAGUACAGCUACACCGCGUUCCACAUCAUUUUCUUCUUGGCUACUUGCUGGGUUGCCACUCUUCUAACCCAGGGUCAAGAUAUUCAAAACAAAGGCGACUUCGCUGCAGUGGGACGAACAUACUGGGCUAGUUGGGUCAAGAUAGUUAGCGCUUGGGUCUGCUACGGCAUGUAUAUCUGGACCCUCGUGGCUCCCAUCGUCCUGCCCGAUCGUUUCGAUUUUUCUUAG